CCCGCCCGAGUUUUUCACCGUUAAUUUUGUCUGACAAAUCGAAGAUCUAAAUUUUGGAUCGAAAUGGCGAAUUUCAAACCAGGCAAUGAAGAUCAAGUGCUUGAAAAUCCAUGUUCCAAGGUUACGAAGAGUUCAGUUUCCGCUGGAGUUUGCAUGAUGAACACUACCUGGAGGGAUCAACAACAUCCAUCUUUCAUCAAUUUCAUCUCCUCCUUCCUCGUUGCAAAUUCUUUCCGCCUUAACUUUGUUCCAAUUUCCCCUGACUUCAUUUUUAAUUGUGGAGGAUUGUCAGUAGCCUUCAUUUUUGUAACAAAAUGGGAUCGCUGCAAUGUAGAAACAAUAUUCAGCAGGGCAAAGAAGCUCAAGGCUCAGUUUGCGUAUCUCUACGUCACUGUUAACCUUCCAACUAGGGACCAAAAUGACUCUUUUCUCUGCUCUUACUUCAAGUAUGAAAUGCAGCUUGGUAAACCUACAUUUGUGCCAGUUCAAGACAUUGAGAUGGGGUUUGAAAAGAUUGUGAAGAUAGCCCACUCUUGUGGAGUUAGCAAACAGCAGGAGGUUAAAUCAAAAUUGAAAGCUGAGAAGAAUCAAUCAGUACAGGGGAUGGAAAAUUUCAUUAGGGUAAUGACAUCCAUACCAGGGAUUGACAACCAUGAUGCAAAUGCGCUGAAUCAAACAAUUGGUUCAAUCGAAGGGAUUGCUAAAGCAUCAAAAGAAUACCUUGUGGAGACUACAGAUCUUUCUGCAGACAAAGCUGAGAUAAUUGUAAGGUUUUUCAGAGAUUCAAAGUUUUACCUUAGUCCUAAAAUCAAUUAAAGAGAAGAAACAAAUAGAAA